UGAUUUUCGCUGCAUUAUUUAGAUUCCCGGCAAACAAUGCGAGGGUUGGUGAGGUACCUCUCGCUCUAAUUUCUCUAGUCUAGUCUAGUUGCCUCGCUUCCUCCUAUAGCGAUUCUGUCGAGCUGAGCUUUCACGUCCCUCACCACCGAUCUCCUUCCUACCCCUCGCCUAAGAUCGUCUGACGUCUCGCCUGACACCUUUCGUUGUGUUGGUGCUAUGCGGCUGCUGUCACUGUAGAAGUCAGGUUGUGUGUGUGUAAAAAAACGUAAACAGUGUUGUUGGCUGAUCAAUUUUGCUAAAUUAAGUGGUAGAAGUCCUGCCCAAUGCGUGCUGGCUCCGUCGGAAGCGGUACGUGCAUGUACCGGCGUAGGAAAGUGGUGUGGUGAACAACACAGCACAUGACAGCAGAUAAAAUGCAGAAACGAUAUGGGCCUGCCGCGGGUGUUUGCCACUGUACGUUGCAUUGUAUAUGUGAUGCGGUAUGUUCGCCAAUUUUCCUCUAUCCUGGAACGUGGGCUUACGAUGAACCAUUAAAGAACAUCCUCCGGGAGCUGUACGGCGACGAAUCGGGCUCUACCAGCACAACACGCCAGAGGCCCAGUCGGCACCGGGUGCCCCGAUUGCGCCGUCAGACGGUGUCGAGCGCGCUCGUUCACAACGUUCGGGGCAGGAAUUCAACCCUUCGUAUCUGCAUUAUCCGCUGCCCCACAAUAGCUGCAGCAGCAACAGGACCGAACCGACCGCACUACUGAUUGCGGUCAAAUUUCCUGGCAGGAGAAAAAAACCCCACAAGUGUAUCGAUUGCAUCGACGGUCGCUCGCUGACGGCACCAACAUGCCACUGAAUAACCCCGGAAAGGCGACAAACAUCACGACAUCACGUUAAUAGUGUUAUUGUGUUAAUUGAACAAAAUUGAUGUUAACGAGUUAAGUUUAAUUUUAAGUGCGCUUUAAGGCAUAAAUCGAUAUGCCUAAUUUUAAGUUAAGUGUUUUGACAUGCGCGUGUGUGUGAAGGGGCGAAAUAAGCACUAAGCAAACUAAGCGGCCGCGUAGGGCCCCGUGGUCUUGAGGGGGCCCAAAAAAGGAACUCACCCCCCACUCGCAAGUUAAAUUGCUACUAAAUCCUUCUCUAGUUUAGAAUAUUUCCCUGCUAGACGCUUAAACCAAGCCUACAUUUGUGUGACUGCUUAGGGCCUCUACUCGUAUGUGCGGCUUUUACACAACAUUUAAGAUAAAUAAAUUUAGUUUAUAUUAUCAUUAAA